GGCAGCACUGGUGUUGUUUUGCUGUAGAUUCGCUUUUCAAGUGCAAAAACACAAAGCAAACGUAGGAGGGCAUGGGUGCUGGACAGAAGUCACACAAGUCGCAGAACUGCUGAGUGCCGAUCGAAAGGUUCCGGAUUAAGAUGCGUUUUGUUUAGCGCGGGAACAUGCAUUCGAACUGCAGGAUGAGUCCGUUUCAUGGGCGACCACCGUACGACCGGUCGGACAGUGUACCGUACGAAAGACAGCAGCACCAUCGGCCGAUGCGACCAAACGAACCACCGUCAUGUAACCGGGUGCCGGAUACGACUGUUCCUUCCGCACCGGGGACGCCCGAAACCAUGUGCUACAACGGCGCGACAACGUUUCGUGCCAAUCCGCCGGCGGACGGGAGUUUGUUGAGUUUAUUAACGUCCAAUGAACAGCCGGCAGGAAGCUACUUCACACCACCACCACCACCUCCACUGGCAGCUUCCAUUUCUCCAUCGGUGGGACCACCUGCCCCCAUACAGCAGCCCCUUCCACACGACCCGUCCGAGCAGGUGGUAGUGAAAGAUGGUUGCAUUUUCUACAUCCGCUACGUCGACGAACCAGAGGUACCGGUACCGGCAGAGGACGUACCGGUUGUGCGAAGCAACGGCGAAGAGUUCUCCGAAAGUCUGCCUUCGAUCGCGAACGAGCUGUCCAUGCUGCUGGACGAUAGUGCUGCGCUUGCCGACGGCGGGCACCCUUCGUUGGCGGACGAACACAGCGCAGAAGUGACGGCUCGCGACUGGAUCAACUAUGACGAGCUGCCGUUGCUGAAUCAGCAAAAGCUACAACAGCCAGUCCCGAUCGCCGAUCAUGUUACCAGACGCUCCAGCGGCACCGCUCGGGUGGAGACCGAACGCUGCAAAGAUUGCCAUAAGCCGGCGAGGGCGAGCGAGAGCCGAAUGACGCACGGUGAUGUUUGCUGGUGCAGUGCCACCCCUGGUAUGAUGUCACCGUUGGAAGCGAACUUGUCGUUUUGCUCCCCGGAACCGCCAACGCCAACGAACGCCGCUACCAUGGUGCCUGAUUUUAGUUACUACUGUGUGGAGUGUGAAAAAUUUUUCCCCACGAACGAAUGUCUCCAGGAGCACAUGGAGCUGAAUCAUCGGUUGAUCGACGAAUCGUUGCCGGUAGUGACGUCAAUACCGCGGGCGGCGUACGCUGCGCCGGAAGUGGCCGGUGCGAGCGCCGGAUACGCUUGGCCCUGUCUGUCGGUCGUCGAUUCUAGCAACCAGUGUGCGAAGAUGCCCUUUUUCUGUGAUUUGUGUAGCAUAUCGUUCAACCAGGCGGAUAGUUACUACCUGCACAAUUACAGCGUUCACGCAGGACUUCACAGUUCGCAUUAUAGAUGAGUGUAGGAGAAGGCUGCCGUGGCUGCCCGAUCACCGGACCGGUUCGGUUAGGUUAGGUAGUGAGUUCGUUACCGAUGAUGAAUUCAGUACGUGUACAGAUGCGUGUGGAGCCUUAUCGAUUGGAGAUUAGCAGCGGCCGAGUUGAUUAUGGUUUUCCAACAAUGAGGAGAAGAGUGUCUUUUAGACAAGGUGAUUGAUUUCUUUGAAUAGAACUAAUUGCAUAGCCAAUGAAUAUGUCCAAAGGAAUAGUCGGAUUGUGAGGUUAGUUGUACUAUUUUUUUGUUUUUGUUUGGAUUGAUGUUCAUGAAAUGAAUUCAGUUGAGAUUCCAUUAAUGCUGGUUGAUAUUUUCUGUUGAAGAGAUGUAUUUUCUUAAUAAACAAAUAAGAAAUAGCAAAGCUGUAGAA